AUGAAGACUUCCGCUCUCCUCGUUGUUCUCACGGGCGCAAGUCGGCAGAGAAGAGCGACGGAUUUCUACGGCGAUGCUUUAGAGUUGAACCGCUUUUAUGACGAAACUGCAAGCCAACUUGAUGGAGCAUAUGGUUGCUUUUGCAACUUUAUACAGGGUGAUCGUCAAUUCUCCCAGCCAGGAUUUGGGUCACGACCACUAGAUGCGUCCGAUGCAGUUUGCAAGGCUCACAAAGAUUGUCUCGCAUGUGUGCGAGAAGAGUUCGGAGAAGAAUGCAUUCCAGAGGGCUUCGACAUGCGAUACACUCACGAGGAUGGACAAUGCACGAAUGAACAAGGAACGUGCAAACGCGCCUUGUGCGAAUGUCAAAAACAAUUUGCCAUCGACCAUGCAAAAGUCAAGGACACUAAAAAUAACGGUCCCUUUCACUGGUUUAUCGACGGUGGUAUUGGGCCAGCUCCUUUCCAGAAUGAAAUUUGCCCAAAUGCUUGUCCGACAAAAGAUCUCCUUAUUGCCAGCUCAACUACUUCUCUCUCGGGUUCCCGAUUUUCCUUGCAUUCCGAAUUCUACAAUAACAAUCAUUGCUUCGAAAACACUCAAUCUGGCGUGAUGAUUAGGUUCAGCGGGGAGAACUGGCAAAUUGUCGCCGACGAUGUCGUCCUAUUUGAAGCCAAAGAUUCUUUCUCGUGUCCUGACAAAAUCUCAAAAUGGCUAGAUAGUGACGGCAUAUCUCAGACCAUUCGAUUCGCAUCAGGAACAGCUAGCCCUGGCGAAAAACGAUGCUGCAAGAACAACGAUGGCGGAUUCAAACUUUUCAAUGACGGCAAUCAACAAUGCUGUGAUGAUGGGUCCGUUAAACCAAUCGGAAAUUGCUAA